ACAACAAAUAGUAGACAUGAAGUGAUGACUGGGAAUGAGUAUCGCAUCGAUUGCAUCACUGAUACGGAUGUCGAGCGUGAGGUCGGCGCCCCCGCCGUCACCCGUGCUCUUGGUAAGGGAUGUCUGGGGUUUGGACACAACAGUCCUAUACUAUCACCGCAACUGAUUCCGGAAUUAUGUAAUCAAAACAUACAAUACUUUGUCAAUGGAAAGCACACACUGGCCCUCACCGGUGAUGGUCGGGUGUAUGCCUGGGGUUGCAAUGAUUUCGGACAAAUUGGUUGCGGGAAUAAGAGUGAUUGUAAUUCAUGUGAUGGUAUUUACAAACACCUAUUCAUUGAGAUGUCAACCAUAGGUUCGGGUGGUUUUGGGACUGUAUUUAAAGUGAAGCAUAGAUUGGAUGAUAAGAUAUAUGCCGUUAAAAGAGUGCAAUUCGGAGAUUUAAAUGAAGAUAAGAAACAAAAAGCUGUAAAAGAAGUGAAAAGUUUGGCAAAAAUAGACUCAGAAUUUGUGGUCAAAUAUUACAACUCAUGGCUUGAGUUCAAUCAUCUCUACAUUCAAACUGAGUUCUGUUCACAAAGUUUUAAAUCUGUUCUCAAAGACAAAGCCAUUGUCUUCGAGAGACAAACCGAAGACUUGAUGAAUAUCUUUGAAUACUUUAUUUCGUGUGAAAUAUUCAAAGAGCUCUUAGAGUGCGUCCAAUAUCUCCACGAAUCCAAUCCACCGGUCAUUCAUCGGGAUCUCAAACCCGACAAUAUAUUGAUUGAUCCGAUCUAUUCAUCCAAUCGUUGUGUAAAACUGUGUGACUUUGGUUUGGCCACAGAUCACGACAUCGACGGACACACUGCCAGCCGAUACGAGCACUCAGUUUGCGGUGCGUUGGGAUAUAUGGCACCCGAAGUGCUUUUGGGCAAACAAUAUGACCACAAAUCAGACAUUUAUAGCCUCUAUGUUAUCGGCGAACAGUUGUUUGGUAUUGAUCUUCAGGCUUCGCAAACAUUUGAAACAAAUGAAUCGGUGGUCACGACUGCCAUACUAUGUAUGUGUCGUACGCUUCAGAAAAUGAUGGCAAUUGUGUGG